GAUUAUACCAAGAUGGAAAUAGCUAGCUAGUAAUUAGAUUUUAAUACAAGUAGUAAUUAAUAAUUAUACUAAUAUUUUAAAGUGAAAUGAAAGAAAAAUAAAUCUAUAACUUAGGAUAUGAUCGCAGAUUAAACAGAGGACGACCCAAACCUAGCUAAGAGAGGUUAAGAUGAGAGAGCCUAAAACUGUGGAAUACCUGGUUGUGAUUUUCCUUGGUAUGGCAGCUGCUGGUCUUGCUUUUGGUGCUGAGGCUACAAGGAUUAAGGCAUCAGACGUUAGCAUACCAGCGUUCGGCAAAUGUGAAUAUCCAAGAAGUCCAGCAAUUAUACUUGGAUCCGUAGCUGCAUCGCUCGCCCUCAUCAACCAGAUAAUCAUUAGUGUUGUAGUUCGCUAUGCUUAUCGGGGGACAAUUCACAACUCUAAAACUAUUUGUGGUGCAAUGUUUUGUUUCAUUUUAUCGUGGGUCAUGUGUUGUACUGGGAUUGGUCUUCUCGUAGCUGGUGUAUACUUCAGUUCUCGUCAAGAGUUUCUUGCCUCAAUAGGACGUUGCUAUACCUUAAAUCGCAAGUUACUUGGAACAGGUGGCUGGAUGGUACUUUUUGCCAGUAGCGAUGGUCUAUGCGCUUUCUACUACUUCUCGGUUGACUGUUGUUCUGCAGACCGUCGCUCCGCACCAGAAGCAGUUCCGUAACAUGGGGGCGUUGUCAUGGGAAAUUCUCAGUUUGAUCCCGUUUCAGCGAACUCGAACACCGAGAAAUAGCAAUACGUUUGAAUGAUUAUAAUUUGAGUAGCCAUUUCACGAAGAAUCAUUUAUCCAAAUUUUAAAUGUGAAAAAUCUUUCAAUUGUAAAAACAAAAAUUGUUAGUUUUAUGGUACGUCAUUAAUGAAAUUGCCUCAUCUCGCGA